GCGGGGCGGGCCGCAGACCCGGCCUGGGCAGCCGCACCGGGAACGUUGAGCCCGGAGGCGUCUGACCGGCCAUAGGGCCGGGGCGCACAGGCGGCGGCACCAUGUUCUCCCUCAAGCCGCCCAGACCCAGCUUCAGGUCCUACCUCCUGCCGCCACCCCAGACUGACGAUAAGAUCAGUUCCGAACCGAAGAUUAAAAAACUGGAGCCAGUCCUUUUGCCAGGAGAAAUUGUUGUAAAUGAAGUAAAUUUUGUGAGAAAAUGCAUCGCAACAGACACAAGCCAGUAUGACCUAUGGGGAAAGUUGAUGUGCAGUAACUUCAAAAUUUCCUUUAUUACAGAUGACCCAAUGCCAUUACAGAAAUUCCAUUAUAGAAACCUUCUUCUUGGAGAACAUGAUGUCCCUUUGACAUGUAUUGAGCAGAUUGUCACAGUGAAUGACCAUAAGAGGAAACAGAAAGUCCUAGGUCCCAACCAGAAGCUGAAAUUCAAUCCAACGGAAUUAAUUAUUUAUUGCAAAGAUUUCCGAAUUGUCAGAUUUCGAUUUGAUGAAUCAGGUCCUGAAAGUGCCAAAAAGGUAUGCCUUGCAAUAGCUCAUUAUUCCCAGCCAACAGACCUUCAGCUACUCUUUGCAUUUGAAUAUGUUGGGAAAAAAUACCACAAUUCAGCCAACAAAGUUAAUGGAGUAUCCUCAGGAGGUGGAGGAGUAUGGAGUGGAGUUGGCAGUAGCAGCAGCCAGAAAACACCGCUGUUUGAAACUUACUCAGAUUGGGACAGAGAGAUCAAGAGGACAGGCGCUUCUGGGUGGAGAGUUUGCUCUAUCAACGAGGGUUACAUGAUAUCUACUUGCCUUCCAGAAUACUUUGUCGUGCCAAGUUCACUAGCAGACCAAGACCUGAAGAUCUUUUCCCAUUCUUUUGUUGGAAAAAGAAUGCCAUUCUGGUGCUGGAGCCACUCUAACGGCAGUGCUCUUGUGAGGAUGGCCCUCAUCAAAGAUGUGCUGCAACAGAGGAAAAUCGACCAGAGGAUUUGCAAUGCCAUAACUAAAAGUCAUCCGCAGAGAAGUGAUGUUUACAAGUCAGAUUUGGAUAAAACCUUGCCCAAUAUUCAAGAAAUACAAUCGGCAUUUGUAAAACUUAAGCAACUGUGUGUAAAUGAGCCUUUUGAAGAAACGGAAGAGAAAUGGUUGUCUUCACUGGAAAGUACUCGGUGGUUAGAAUAUGUCAGGGCUUUCCUUAAACACGCAGCAGAACUUGUGUACAUACUUGAAAGCCAGCGUCUCUCUGUAGUCCUGCAAGAGGAGGAGGGAAGAGACUUGAGUUGUCUGGUAGCUUCUCUUGUUCAAGUGAUGAUGGAUCCGUAUUUCAGGACAAUUAUUGGAUUUCAGAGUCUGAUACAAAAGGAGUGGGUCAUGGCAGGAUAUCAGUUCCUAGACAGAUGCAACCACCUGAAGAGGUCAGAGAAAGAGUCUCCUUUAUUCUUGCUAUUCUUGGAUACCACGUGGCAGCUGUUAGAGCAAUAUCCAGCUGCCUUUGAGUUCUCUGAGACAUACUUAGCUGUGCUGUGUGACAGUACCCGGAUCUCUCUGUUCGGCACCUUCCUGUUCAACUCUCCUCAUCAGCGGGUGAAGCAGAGCACAGAGUUUGCCAUCAGCAAAAAUAUUCAGUUGGGGGAUGAAAAGGGCUUGAAAUUCCCCUCGGUUUGGGACUGGGCUCUGCAGUUCACAGCAAAGGACCGGACGCUUUUCCACAACCCCUUCUAUAUCGGCAAGAGCACCCCUUGUGUACAGAACGGCUCCAGGAAGUCUUUUAAGCGCACGAAGAAGAGCUACAGCUCCACGCUGAGAGGAAUGCCAUCAUGCUUAAAGAACGGCAUCAUCAGUGACCAAGAACUGCUUCCACGGAGAAACUCACUAAUACUGAAACUGAAGCCAGACCCACUUCAGCACACGGACAGCCAGAGCAGUGGAGUGGAACAGUAUUUUAAAGAGUGGUUCUCCAGACCAGCCAACCUGCACGGCAUUAUUCUGCCACGUCUCUCCGGAACACACAUAAAAUUGUGGAAAUUGUGCUACUUCCGCUGGGUCCCUGAGGCUCAGAUCAACCUUGGGGGCUCCAUCAUGGCCUUCCAUAAGCUCUCUCUCCUGGCUGAUGAGGUGGACAUGCUAGGCAGGAUGCUGAGGCAGCAUCGCAGUGGCCCCCUGGAAGCCUGCUAUGCAGAGCUGGACCAGAGCAGGAUGUACUUCAGAGCCACGGGUCCACACGACACCCUGGGGACACCAGAGUUUCUCUCCUCUUCAUUUCCAUUUUCUCCUGUAGGAAAUCUAUGCAGAAGAAGCAUUUUAGGAACGCCAUUAAGCAAAUUUUUAAGUGGGGCCAAAAUAUGGUUAUCUACUGAGACGCUAGCAAAUGAAGACUAAACUAUGGUAUUUUCUGGAUGUACAGAGAGAAGCUGGACAUUACCCCCUCUGAACUGAAAUUGGUAACUGAGGCAUUUAAAACUGGCCAUUUUAUAUUUUUAAAUUUGCACUAAUAUUUAAAACAUGUUUAAUCACGCCGCCCUCAGUCUCUAAGGGCAGGGUGACUUUGGGUUUUGUCCUCUAUCUUUUGGGUCUGACCCAUCUGGGUCAUCUGCAGUACACAUUCCCCAUGUUACACUUGUGAUCACAGCAGUGAGAUUUCUCUGCUACGUGAAUUUCAUCAGCAUGUAUUUUCCUACCACCUACUAAAGGGUAUCAGACAGAUUACAACCCAAAGAAGGUGGAUAGGGAAGUUAGUAAAUUAGUAUUUAAUGUAUUUCCAGAUCAUCUCAUAAAACUCCCAACAGGCCUCAGUUGACAUCCAUAUACUUAGCUACUGAGGGUUCGUGUUCUGGGGUUAGAUGUUAUUAUUUUAGUUCACCUCGUUUAGGACCUUAGAUCACUGUGUUUUAAAAUCACAAAUUUGCUUUAAUUACAUACAACUAACUUUUAAAAGAUGCACUGUAAUUUUAAAGCAUUCACUGUAGCUAUUUAAACCUAGAAGUGCCUUUGACAUUAAGAGUAUCAAAGAAGCUAAAAUAACAGAGGAAAAUAUAAGUGUACUUUUUAAGUUAGGGCAUUUAGAACCCACUGCGUAUUGGAAAUAGCUUUUUGCCAACCAGCUAAACCAAUAUUCAGGAGUCUCCAGAGCCAGAUUUUUGUCCCCCAGAAAGUCACCGUGCGAUCUGUGGGGUGCAGCCCGCCCUUAGAAGUUGUUCAGGCAGCAGAUGCACAGCUCCAGCUAUGGCUGAGGGUGCCCAGUCCACGGACAGGAGCAUGCCCCUCUGACCACAGGCUGCUGGGAGUGCUCUGAUCUCCCCACGAGCACUUCAGCUGCCACGCUGACACAGGCCAGCACUUUCCUUAGAAAUAACUGGUGGGGGUCAGGAGAUGGACACAGCCACAGACUAGGGAGGAAGACUUCCUCAAGUGUGCCAUUUUAAUAAGCAGAGAUGCUCCCCUUCCGGGCUUCUGGGGGCAGUGCUGAGGCUGAGAAGCUCUUCUGAAGCCCUUGCUCCAAACCACGCUAGAAACCUGGCUGACUGCACAGGGCCGGCUUGAGAAGUGGUCGUGUUUGGAGGACUUCUUCUCCCUGUUUAAAGGUGGAUAUUUCCUAGCACACAAUGGCGGUGUCUUAAACUACCACCUUGGAUUUUGAAGUACUUUAUAGUAAAGUGUUGAUUUAGUUUGUUUCUUUUUCUAAAACAGAAUUUCUCAAGAUGGUUUGACUUGUAUAUGUGCAUAUGUGCUGCAUAGUCAUUUCUACUUAAUUAUUUACCUUUUCUAAAUGUUUAAUAAUGUUUAAUAAUGCGUUUAACAGGCCAGCACUUAACAGGCAGAUGUUCUUAUGAGAUGUCUUAAAUAGUUCGUAUCUUAUGGCUAAACCCAGUGUUUCCACCGUCUGCUGCCUAGAAAAUAAGGGCUCCUGUCAGUUUAUACAAAGAGCAAUGAGGAUGCUCCAGCCCUCGGCACAGCAGCCCUGUCUCUGAGACGUGCCAGGGUGUCACCGCUGGAGCUGGACAGUAAUACCACCCCCCUCAUUAAGCUGCUUUGUUACUUCUAUAAGUUGUUGUAAAUUUAUUGGGGGCUGAUAAUUGAUUCUCAUCCCUCACAUUUAUUUCCAACUCCUUUAAGAACCUUGUUUUCCUUAACUCACAAGAAGGUCAGGUACUAUUAACACUACUUUAUGAUGAAAAUUGUGUAUUUUUGUAUGGUAAUCGAUUGUAAAUGUUUUAAUAUUUCCACUGGCUGGUUGUUGUGUCAUGAUUAUUGUGCUGCAGCUUAUUGUGCAUAAUACGUAAAACAGCUCCAAAGUCCUAGUGUGGCCUAUGGUACAGCUGCUUGGCACCUCUGCUAGCAAGAGUGACAUUGUGGUGGCAGAAGAGGUAAGCGUGGCUGCAUGCAGCAUACCAAAGAGCAUACCACUGUCUCCAAGGCCCUGAGGGCAGAGCCUGUGCUUGUGGUGACCACGCAAAGGCCGGUGACACUGGACAUUCUAGUGCUAACCUUACAGGCGGGGUGUCUUACUGUUUUAUGAUGGGAACCAAUUCUAAAACCAAAAAUGCCUAACUAUUUAAGGAAAGGACAUUAAUUUGUACUGACAGAAGAUGAAAACUGUUCAACACAUUUUUUUCAACAAGAUCUUCUUGCUGUAGCAGUAACCUCAAGUAAUUAAAACUUGGUGUUGAGACAAAACUAAAACCUUUGUGCCUACAUGCAACUGAUGAGCUCAAGUAGGUGAGCAGGUUGCCUGGACACUGCUCCACAGAAUGGCUGUAAAGGGAAUUCUGACUGCUCAAUAAAAUUUCCAUUGAAACGGUC